AUGUCGACAACAGCCUUUGAUUUCAGCACUCACUCUCAUCGACGCUAUAAUCCAUUAACUCGUUCUUGGGUUCUCUGUUCACCCCAUCGUACACAACGUCCUUGGCAAGGCCACCGAGAAAGUCAACAAGUCGAUAAGAUACCCACGUACGAUCCGAGAUGUUUCUUGUGUCCAGGCAACGAACGAGCCAAUGGCGAUCACAAUCCACUGUACACCAGCACUUUUACAUUCCCAAAUGACUUUUCAGCUGUGCGACAAGAACAACCGGCACUCGAAACGACUCAAUGGACUCUUGAUGACGAUGACGACCAAGACGAUUUGCUGCGUGUAGAAGGAGUACGAGGAGAAUGCCACGUGAUAUGCUUUUCACCACAACACGAUUUGACGAUGGCGGAGAUGCACGUGGAGCAAGUUGGACGAAUAGUGGAUGCAUGGAUAGCAUUGUAUCAGGAGAUGAGCAACAAGGAGCAUGUGCGUCACGUACAAAUAUUCGAGAACAAGGGUCAAGCAAUGGGAUGCUCCAAUCCACAUCCACAUGGACAAGCAUGGUGUACCGAGCAAAUACCCCAAGAAGUACAAGUUGAAUUGGAUUCAAUGCGGAUGUAUCGUGAUACCCAUCAUGGUCGAUGUCUCUUGUGUCAAUACAUGCAAAAAGAAAUUACUUGUCGAACACGCCUUGUCAUUGAAAACGAUUCCUUCGUAUGUGUUGUCCCAUUUUGGGCUGUGUGGCCCUUUGAGACUCUUGUUUUCCCAAAAUCGCAUCUUAGUCGACUUUCCGAUUUGACACCUUCGUUACGGCAUGAUCUUGCAGAUAUACUACGACGUGUCACCUGUCGCUAUGACAACCUCUUUGGAUGCUCUUUUCCAUAUUCAAUGGGUAUCCACCAGAGUCCCAUCCGCAGCAGCAAUGAAGAUGAUCAUGAUGCUUUUGCGCAUUUGCAUAUCCACUUUUAUCCCCCGCUGCUACGCAAUGCUACGGUUCGAAAAUUCUUGGUUGGCUACGAGAUGCUGGGUGAACCACAACGUGACCUUACACCUGAACAAGCUGCUGAACGACUACGAGCAUGUUCUGAAGUGCAUUACAAGCAUCGGCAAGUCAAUGGUUACACGAAUGGUGCAAUGGAAACUGCUGGCAGAUAA